AUGAGAACGCCGUCGAUCGGAAAGAUCGAAGUCGCCGUUUCGGAAGCGUUGGAACCACCGCCGGACCUGCGACACAGUGAGCGCAUCCUCGCCGUAAGCAACUCGGAUCUCACCGCGAAGAAACCGGAUGAGCAAAAGGGAGAUGACGAAGGAGAGAAUGAAACCAAGGGCGAGUUAAACGAAGAAGCGGAGGACAAGGCGAAGUACGAGGAUGAGAAAAAGAUGGAAGACAAGAAAGGAAGCAACCGCAGUUCAAGCAAAUCAGUGGCAAAUGCUGCAAAUAAGACAGAAAAGAAGGAAAUUCCGCUAGGUGUUGGAAGAAGGAAGAAUAUCCCACCGAAUCCUGGAAAGAAGCGGCAGGCCCCUAGUAUGCCAGUGGUGACCCUGGCUGAAAAAAUGAAGUACUCGGCUGAUCUGAUCCAGGCUGGGGUCAACGGGAGACCGGCCAUCUACCAGCUCUGGAAAUUCAUAGUGGUGAACAAUGAGGUUAAGGGAAUAAGAAAAUUCGACAUCGGGCCACGGCUCCAAAUGCAACAGGACGAGAGGGUCCUCGUGAUCGUUGGAGCCACCGGUGCAGGAAAGACAACGAUGAUCAACGGGCUGGCAAACUACGUGUAUGGAGUACAGUGGGAGGACGACUUCCGGUUCAAGCUAAUCACCGAGAAGGGGGACAUUGACCACUCUAACAGGGCCUACAGCCAGACGAAAGAGAUCUCUGCUUAUUCCUUUAACUGGAGGGAGGGGAUGAGGAUCCCUUACACGCUGACGGUCAUUGAUACCCCUGGUUUCGGAGACUCCGAGGGCCUCCACAAGGACGAGGAGCUUGUUGAAAAGAUGCUGGAGUUCUUUGAGCAAUGUGGUUCACAUGGUUUGAACUUCGUGAACGCCAUCGGAAUUGUGCUGCCCGCUUCCACUUCGAGGCUGACGGCCGCGCAGAAGUAUACCUUUCACGCUAUCACUCAAUUGUUUGCCAUCGACACCAAAGAGAAGUUUGUGCUACUGAUCAGCUUCGCCGACGGGCAGGAACCGACGGCUAUCGUCGUCGUAAACAAUGCGAAGCUGAACUACCAGGAUUAUCACACCUUCAACAACUCCGCCUUGUUCGCUAGCAAUACUGAUAUCAUGCAGAAGAUGUUCUGGGAGAUUGGAAUCCGAAGCAACGAUGACUUCCUGAAAUCCUUGGCCGAUAUGACACCUGUUGGUCUCGCCUUGACGAAAGAGGUGCUUGCUGAAAGACGAUCUCUAGCUGGGAACCUGAAAAUAUUGCAGGAGCAAAUCCCAAAAGUUUCAUUCAAACUGACUGAUCUUCAGCAUCAAUGCAAAAUCCUCAGAGAAAAUAGAGAGGAGGUGACAAAGGUCGCGGACGUCGCGGAGGAACGAGUGAAAACUUUACUAGACAAUGAGACGGCGAUCAACUGCUUAGAUUGCAAGAAGACCACCUGCGAAUUCCCAGCAUCCAUUUCCAAUCCAAGGGACCUCAAGUACAGCUCCUGCAUGAUGCGGAACGAGAAGCUGAGGAUGAUAUGCCGGGAAUGCCGUUGCUCCUGGAAGAGUCACUCUCUGGAAGCCAAACGCUUCGAAAAAAAGUCGAUAUUCAGGCAUAGGACUCGAGUGAACUCAGCAAGUGCUACCCAGCAGAUUAGGACCAACGUGCGUCUCGAGCAGAAAGUGAAGGAACUUACCAAUGACAUUAGGAAAAGCCAAGUUGAGCUGUUCGCUCAUAUCCAGCAGGCGCAUAAGACCACGGCCCGCCUGAAAAUAAUCGCUCUCAACUCGAAUCCCUUGACCCUGGAGGAAUACAUUGAUUUUCUGAUCGAAGCUGAAAAAAAGGACGCCCAAAGUGGGUUUAAGAAGCGGAUCGAGCACUUGGAGCAAGCGAAGAGAGCAUCAGUUAUAUGCAAGAAGAUCUUAGAUGAGAAUGGCUCGGCUGAAGCCAUUAUGCCUGACGUCAUGACAAUACUGGAGAAAGAGAAUAUAGAUUACAAUACACUAGGUGUCGUGGAAACUCCGGAUGUUGCAAUCGACCAGCCAAGCAGCAUGGUGGAAACACUCAAGGCUUUCUUCAGCUCUGUCUUUGGAAAGAACGCAAAUACAUGA